CAAGUAUUUUAGAUAUGCAAGAUUGGGGAAUCAAAUUUUAUGAACAACAACAAUGUACUUAUAUCAUGUUUUGUGAUUAUAAAGAUAUUAUUGAAGAAGAAAAUCCUAUUAUACAAGCUAUUGCACAGCAAUCGGCUUAUAAUAAGAAGUUUUAUAAACCAAAAUGUAAACGGAGUCAAUUAGUAGUAGAAUGGAAAAAACAAAAAACUACUAAGAUGAAUAGUAAUAUUACUUAA